UUGGAGGUGACGGACGAAGUCAUCGGGAACAACGAGACCUCAGACAGAGGGAUAAGAAAGGAAGACAGAACAGUACGAGGUGGUGGAAGGAAGGCCUGAGGUGCCAUGCCACUUAACACCAACGUGACGGUCAAGGCCGUCAGCGCCCCCUGGAGGAGGUCAGCACCAACCGAGGAGUCGGCGAGGCUGGCCAAUUUCACUCUGGGUACUCUCUACAACGACUCGGGGGGUAUUGGGGAUCUCUCGUGGGCCGAGGGUUACAACGAUACCCUCCACGACUACCCCACUGCUCUCAACCUCACCUCAGCCAACGACACCGCACCACACCACCCCAGGAUUAUUUACUGCACUGAAUGGCCUGGGGCAAGCCUCACUCUCUUCCAGGUGGCCAAUUUCUUCUGCUUGCUGGCGUUCCUGGUGCCGCACAACUUCCGCAUGUCUGCGCUGGUGAUGCGGGCGGUGCUGUGCGUGGGUGUGCUGCUCUUCACAUUGUGGGCGGGAUUGGAUAUCUGUGCCGUGGACAUCCUAGCCUGGAACCUCAGCUUCCUGCUGGUGAACACGGGCCAUGUUCUCUACCUCACCUACACCGUGUGGCCACCUCGAGUCCAGAAGGACCUGGUUGACCUCUACGAUAAGGUCUUCAGACCUCUAAAGGUGAACCGGCAGAAUUUCCGUCACUUGGUACGGGAGGCGUCGUUGGUAUGGCUAGAACCUGGAGAGACGUACGCUAUCGAAGACGUAACCCCUGCUGACGAGCGCUUCUCCAUCCUCGUCUCCGGCAAGCUGCGGGUGACCUGCGACUCCACACACCUGCACUACAUCCUGCCCAACCAGUUCAUCGACUCACCAGAGUGGGAGGCUUGUGCUGAUGACUCCGACGAGCUCUUCCAGGUGUCUGAUGCUGUAUAUAGUGAGUGUCUGUACAAACAGGUGACGAUCGUGGCCUAG